AAGCAGCGCACUCUAGCAAGUCUAUGCGAUUGUUUGGUAAAAUACGCUUCUAUAGACACAGUGCACGAUGUAGACAGAGUCUAGUUGUCCAUCUUCUGACCAGAUCAUUGUCUAAAACCGUACUUGUUCAAGUAUCAAAGAAUUCGAGAAAGAAGAAGAAGAAAAAGAAUUUGGUGAAAGAUGGAGAGGGAGCCGACACGAGUGAUGGUGGCUGUGAACGAAUCGACGAUCAAAGGGAAGCCUCACCCUUCGAUAAGCAGCAAAAGAGCUUUCGAAUGGACUCUGGAGAAGAUGGUCCGAUCCAACGCAUCCGAUUUCAAGAUUCUCUUGCUCCAUGUACAUGUGGUCGACGAAGACGGUUUUGAUGAGGUAGACAGCAUAUAUGCGUCUCCUGAUGAUUUCAAAGACAUGAGAGAGUCUAACAAGUCUAAAGGUCUUCACCUUCUCGAGUUUUUCGUUAACAAAUGUCACGAGUUUGGGGUUAGUUGCGAGGCUUGGAUCAAGAAAGGUGAUCCCAAGGAUGUGAUCUGCCAAGAAGUCAGCCGGGUCCGACCAGAUCUUCUUGUUUUGGGAAGCCGUGGUCUUGGCCGCUUCCAAAAGGUCUUUGUUGGGACGGUGAGUGGGUUCUGUGUGAAACAUGCUGAGUGUCCGGUCCUCACGAUCAAACGCAAUGCCGAUGAAACUCCCAGUGAUCUUGCUGAUGACUAAACCAACUACAUUAUAAACACGUUCCUUCCUUCCAAAAUGAUAAAUGAACUCUUCUUUGAUCUUAUUUCUUUUGUGUGUGAAAUAUCCAAAUCUUUGCCUUUACAUGAUUAAUAAUAUUGUGUGCAGUCUGCUACGUACGUUUUGGUUUGUAUCCAACAUAAUAUUUCACAUAAUUUCAUGUUAUCAGUC